GCUCGCAUUCAUAAACGGAUAUGAUAAGACAUCGUUGAAUGUACCGAGGCUACAGCGGCAGUCACAUCAGACCAUGGCGGAAGAAGACGACGUGAGGAUUCGGGUCUUACAGAGCCUGCGGGGCAAGAUAUGUGAAGCUAAGAACUUGGGACCAGUCUCAGCUCCAAAUCGGCAGAGGGAUCUUUGUACCUUUUGCACCAUCAGCCUGGAUCAGGAGGAGGUCUUCCGCACAAAGGUGUUCGACAAAAGCCUCAGCCCCUUCUACGGAGAAGACUUCUUCUUUGAGAUUCCACGACCAUUUCAGUAUUUAUCCUUCUAUAUUUACGCAAAGGGAUCUUUCCAAAGGGACCUGCCCGUUGGUAAAGUUUCCAUUCGGAAGAAGGAUCUGUACCAACACAGUGGAAAGGAGCAAUGGUUCAGCCUACAGCCAGUAGACCCCAACUCAGAAGUCCAGGGUAAGGUUCACCUGGAGAUGAGACUUAGCGAACUGAUCACAGACAACGGACCUGGAUGUCAGCAGCUACUGGUUCGGAUAAUUGAAUGCCAGGGACUUCCAUUGAUAAGUGGGCAGAACUGUGACCCAUACGCCACUGUCUCCCUGGUGGGACCAUCAAGAUCUGAUCAUAAGAAGACCAAGGUAAAGAAGAAAACCAGUGACCCUCAUUUUGAAGAGACCUUCUCCUUUGAGGUCACAAGGUCCAGCAGCUACUCGAAAAAGUCAAAUUUCCAAGUGGAGGAAGAGGACAUUGAAAAACUGGAGAUCAAAGUGGAUCUGUGGAACAACGGGAACCUGGCCCAGGACGUGUUCCUGGGGGAGACGCGGGUGUCCAUCAAGAUCCUGAGGAAUGAGAACUUCCACAAGGCCUGGUACCUUCUGCAGCCCAAAGGGAACGGAAACAAGCACAAGCCCGACGACCUGGGCUCGCUGCGUCUGAAGGUCAACUACGUAGAGGACACGGUGCUGCCUUCGUCCUGCUACAAACCACUCUGCAACCUGCUGCUCAAAUCCCCAGACGUCAAGCCCAUCUCUGCAUCGGCAGCCCACAUCCUGGGAGACAUCUGCAGGGAGAGGUACGAGGCAGUGCUGCCACUGGUGCGCCUGCUGCUCCACCACAACCGCCUGGUGCCUUUCCUCACAGCCGUGGCAGCCCUCGAGCUGGAGAACACGCAGGAGGCCAACACCAUCUUCCGAGGCAAUUCCCUGGCGACGCGCUGCAUAGAUGACAUGAUGAAGAUCGUCGGGAAGAGUUACCUAAUGGGUACACUCAAGCCAGUUUUAGAUGAGAUCUUUGAUUCCAACAAAUCCUGCGAGAUAGACCCAAUCAAGCUAAAGGAGGGUGAUAACGUGGACGUCAACAAGGAGAACCUGCAGAACUAUGUCCAGAAGAUCUUCUCCUCCAUCACCCAGUCCAGUGCCAGCUGUCCCACUCUGAUGUGUGACGUGUUCAGGUCCCUGAGGCACAUGGCCUCCAAGCGGUUCCCAGCUGACCCACACGUGCAGUACUCUGCGGUCAGCAGCUUUGUGUUCCUGCGGUUCUUUGCGGUUGCCGUCUUGUCCCCACACUCCUUCCAGCUUCGACCCCACCAUCCUGAUCCUGAGAUAUCUCGUACGCUCACGCUCAUUUCCAAAACCAUCCAAACACUGGGCAGCUGGGGCAGCUUGUCCAAGAACAAACUGUCUAGUUUCAAGGAAACCUUCAUGUAUGAUUUCUUCAAAUCCUUCCAAGAAGACAAGUGCAUUGAGAAAGUUAAAAAGUUUCUUGACGAGAUCUCGUCUAAUGUCAACAAGGAAUCAAGUGGAAUGGAGGAUGCACUCAUUCUAAAGGAAGGGGAGGUGCAGAAACGAGCCCAGCGAAGAAAGCGAAUCGGCAAGAGGAACUUCAAGAAGAGGUGGCUGAGGGUGACCAACAGGGAGCUCUCCUAUCACAAACACAGAGGGAAGGAGGCCCUAUGCAUCAUCGAUGUCAAAAAUAUUCGGGCGGUUGAGAAGCUGGAUGAAAGUGCCUUUAAUCGCAAAAAUAUGUUUCAGGUGGUCCACGCAGAAAAGCCGCUGUACGUCCAGGCAGGGAACUGCGUGGAAGCGUGUGAAUGGAUGGAGGUCCUGAGCCAGUUCAGCCGCUGCAACGAGCGACGACUCGCCAACUUCCACCCGUCUACGUACACGGGCGGAGCCUGGCAGUGCUGCAAAGGCCUGAGUGACCACGCCCCGGGCUGUAAACCCUGCACAACCCCCAUGCUGGCCAACCUCCAGCUGGACAUAGACUGUGACCGAGAGACGGAGAGGAUCUUCUCCCUACUCACAUGCAACGACGGCAAGUUCCAGAAGAUGGAGGACGCGUGUGCCAGUAUAGCUGUGUACCAGGGUCCCCAGAGGGAGCAGGACGAGUACUCCAAGUUCACCAUCCAGGACCCCAAGGAGACCUUCCAGACGCUGAAGCAGCUCCGCAACGUCAUGGAGGAGCUGCAGACGCAGCACGACCGCAGGAAUGACCCCACCGCCAAAUACGGCAGCCUGGGCAAUCCAAUAGUGGGUAAGAGUAUCCAGACCGGCUGAAGAUGGCCCCUGCCCAGCUGGUGGAGUUGUGCCCCUGCCCCACCAAGAGGGCGGGGCCCCCUGAGCGCCCCACCCCCCAACCCAUCCCCCGGCCAGGAAGAGGACCCACAGGCCCAGAGGCCCAGAGGCCACUGGGACAGGGAGGUCUGGAGGACUUGACCUGUAGAAGGGGAAGACCGAAACGGUGGAAACCGCAGCAAUCAGGUCCUCCUCCCGGGUCCCCCCGAGCGGUGGUCAGAGGAGCCCCCUGUGUGUUAUUUGGUUUAGCCCACUCCCACUCCCCCGGUCUGGAAUACACACAGCUCUUUUCUUUGGCCUUGGUUUGCGUAGAACAUUGUUUGGCUUUUGAAAUUCAGUUUCAGAUUUUUUUGUUUUUCUCCCUACAAAUGUUUUUGUAAGACAUCAUUACUUGGUGUGUGAAUAGGCUGCUAAAAAAAACUUUUUAUUCACUCGUUUUUGUAUCGUCAAGAACCCUUAUGAUGCUUUUUACAAUCUCGGAAUUUUUUGCAAAUGGCAGACCUUUAUAAUCAUAAUCUUUUUAAAAGGGAUUUUCCCUGCCGCCCCCUCCCCAGAUAUCUUGUUUUUUAUCCCCCCCAUGACUUUAUUUUUAUUUUUAUUUAACCUGAGCAAAUACAGCGUACCUGUUAGAAACAAGUUCAAGCCGAUCUGCCUUACUUUGUUGAUAGAUGUACAGUUUCUUUCAUAUCCUGACGUGAGGAAAUAACGCAGAAGCACUUUAAACAUUUGGAUCAGUCCAGAUGGAAACAUUUAGAUACAUGGUAUCAGCAUUUAAUGUUCCCCAUAUUGAUCAGUUGCAUGAUCUCCUGUAAAUUCGUGUCCCUGUUCCUGUUCAUUCAUUCCUGUUUAUAGUCGGUAGUUUAAUUUGCUAUUUUUCCUAACCAAAGACAAUUUUGUAGGAUGACUUGAAAAAACAAAAGAUAUAUUAAUGUAUUUUGAAUACAGUUGUUUAAAAAAAAGAAAAAAGUAAAGAAAUUAUAUAUUUGGUUCAUGUGACCAUUUCUCUAAAGCGUCUUUUGGCUUUUAACGACGAAGACAAUUGGGAUGCAUCCGGUCAGUUCAGAACCCCUUUGGUCAGUCAGUGGUCACCUAUGUGAAUGUGAUGUGUGAUAUCGGUACCUUUUCCUCUGCGUGUGUGUGCGUCAGACCUACGGCGUCCUCAUCUCUGCUGUGAUUAAUCCCACUAGGAGGCUAACCUCAGCCCUGAUAUCAAUCCAGAUAAUCGCAGUCCAAAACGAUUCUCUCACUCUCUCUCUUUCACUCUUUCAGUCUUUCAUUCUCACUCUCUCUCAUGGUCUUGUAUCGCCCUCCUUGCUUUGAGGGUCAUGUUACUGACCCUCUCUAUAUAUCCCUCUCCUUUUCCCACUUCAAAGGGAAAAAAUAUAGUUGUUUUUUUUUAAUUGGAUAUCCCCGAUACUGGGACACAAGUCCAGCCCCCCACGAGUUGAAGACGGGAUUUGAUAGCACUGUUCUCAGUACACAUGUCAACCAUCUGACUUGCAGCAUUUUGAAUGGUUAUUCAUAUCUAUACAUUACUGCCACAUAAUUUAGGAUUUGACCAUAUGAACAAUGAGGUUUAAAACAAAGUACGUAGAAACUAGAAUUUGAAUUGACAACAAAUGCUGAACAAAACGCAAUGUCAGACAAUGAUUUGUUUUAUCACUUGUGUGGAAAAUAUUUUUUUAGUCUCAAUCAUAUAUUUCUGUAGUGACACAUUUGUCGUAUUUUUCCAUGUUUUGUUUUUGUGUACCUUUUUCUUAACACUGUGAUUUCUUAACUUGCUUAUAUUGUGUUGAUUUAUUAAUGGUACUUCAAUGUCUGUUAAUGUCUUCAGUGCUACUUUGAAUACUGGCUGCUUUUCGUAAAUACUCCAAACAAUUAAACGUGCGUACGUGGUAAUAUCGCUGCAUAAUCUCCAUUUGUCGAUAGUGGAUGCAGUGCCUGUACUCCUUCACUGUAUUUGAUAGUAAUCUUGUUUAAUUGCAGACUGCGGAUGGACAGACUGCAAAGGGAAAAAUAUACCGGAUUUAACCACUGAAUACACUCCAGCAGGUGAAAUGUAUAAAUGUAUACUUUUUUGUAAUACUUUUUAGCCCAGUGAGUCUCUCAACUCCUGGAGGUGGUGCAACGAUGAUGCGUAGACAUUCAGAAACAAAUCGAGGAAUAAUUCAGUCUGGAGGUUAAGCUUGCAUUUAUACGUCAACGCUAUGCUAACAUCCAUGCAGCAUAUGUCUUUAUUUAUGUAUGAAGGUAAAUGUUAUGUUUGUUUUAUUUUUUAUCUUUCCUUCAGUCAUUUAUUUUAAUAUUUUCCAUAUCCACAUUUUACUUUUCCCUUUAACUUGAAAAUAAACAUUAUCUGGAUCAGA